AUGUUAACAUCAAAGUGUAAUUCACUGUUGUCAACAGCAGUCAACAGUAGUGUUGUUGGAUUGUAUAGACACUUCUCAGUGGCAGCAGCAGCGACAGCAACAGCAUCAUCAGAAGUGGAAAUAGCGACCAAACCAUCAAAGAAAUCAAAGUCUAUAAAGGUUACGACAUUCUCGACAAUGACACUCAAUCAGCAUGUUACAUUUACACCACCAGUGCUCCAACCAAACGGCACUGUCAUCGUUGGCCAUACCACCGAGGAGAAGCCAUUCGUCCCUCUCGGUCUGCCCAAGCGUGUGCUGAAGCACGAGCUGACCCAGGAGCAGCUCACCGAGAUACAGAAGCUGCGUGACGAGGGUUGGUCUCAGAAGAAGCUCGCCGAGAAGUUCAGCACCACCGCAUACAUCAUCGCACGUGUCUCUCACGUCAACGCCGCCACGAAACAGAAGUUGAUCGACAACUUCCAGAUCAAGGCACCAAAGGAGAAGGUCGACGUGGACGAGCGUAAGCAGCGCGUGUCGCUCUGGCUCGAGAAGAACCAGCAGCGCGAGUACGACGAGAAGGUGCUGAGGAGCGCACGCGGCUAUGAGGACAUCAAGAUGUUCAGACGCGCCAAGCACGAAUACAACUACAUGGCCAACCAGGAGACAUACGACGCCAUCAUCGCCGGUCAGGAGAUGCUCAAGCCCAAGAUCACCGACGACGACGCCGAGGAGAAGAAGCGCAAGAAGGAGGAGAAGAAGGAUCGCAAGUCCACUGCACGUCGUCGUGCUCACAUUUCAGACAAGGAGAAGUCACGUGUCAACAAGCCAAAGAAGGCCAAGGACAAGCUACUCUCAAUGAUGGACGAAUAA